GCUGGAAAACGUGCAUAGCAAUAACGCAUUACCGUUAAAAACAAAUAAAGGAGAUAAAGAGGAGGAAGGAAAAAAAGUUAAUUAUACGAAAAUAUGGAUUGCGGUGGUGUUUUAGUUAAAUAUAUACUUUUCAUAUUCAACAUACUCUUCGUAGUAUGCGGUAUAUUGCUAAUUGUCUUCGGCUUUAUAUUAGUGUCACACAUACAGCAAGUGGGUAGCUUUGCGCAAACGUUUGAAGCUAACAGCGUUCCCAUAGCAAUUCUUAUACUGGGAUGUGUGAUAUUCAUAAUUUCGUUUUUGGGUUGCUGUGGCGCAAUACGCGAGGACACAUGUUGCACAAUGACGUACUCCGUCAUUAUGCUCGUCCUCUUGCUGGUUCAGAUUGCUCUGGUGAUACUUGUUUGGACACAACGUGCCAAGUUCCUCAAUUAUGUAGAUCAAAUUGUGGAAACAAUUUGGAAGCAGCACAAAACAGAUCAGAAAGUAAUGGACGCUUUACAAUUGACGUUUAAUUGUUGUGGCGUGAAUGGCUCAACUGAUUACACCUUAAAUCUCGAGUCGAUCCCAAAUUCCUGUUGUGGCACAAACGCCGUAUCUUGUAGUGUGUUAGAUGCUUUGAAGAAACCUGGUUGCGAAGAAGCUUUCCAUUCAUUUUGGGAUAAAAGCAUAAAUAUUGUACGUUAUGCUGGCCUCGGUGUAGCAGCUAUUGAAUUAGUUGCAUUUAUUUUCGCCUGCUGCUUAGCGAAUCAAGUGCGCAACAACAUAAGGAGAGCAAACUACUGAUUUCAAAAUGGAGGUCAUGUGAAAUGAUGUGUUUACAAGUUUUAGCAUUCCAACGAUUAUAGUUUGCUUGUCACCAAUAUUAGUAGCAAAUAUUUUAUAUAUAAGAAAUAACUAUUUAACUUUUAUAAAAAGUUUACGAAAUCGAUGUAUGUUAUAAAAUGAUUUGAAUUCAAAACGAUUAAAUAAAACUUAACAAUUUGGUGUGGAAACGGAAGCAGCGCCGAAACUAAA